UCUAAAUAUUCAUCGACAUCUUCACUAGGGGUACCUUCAUCUGGAUCAUAGUGCUGCUGAAGUCUCUGUAUAAUGUGCACGAGUGUAUAUGUGGGAGGAUAAAUUAAAUUAUGUCCCAUUUUUGCUCCAUUUUCAUCCCACUGAUCACUUUGUAAGCGCGUUGAGCAUCAAAAGUGGAAGUGAGAGUGUUAAUAUAGGGCAAAUGCCUAUUUAAUUUCACUGUGGAGGAGCUUUACAUUAUUAGAUGCUCUCUGAGAAAUAAUCGUACAAAAUAUUGAAGGAAGUGCGCGUGGAAGAGGAAAAGUAUCGAGAAAUACACACAAAAAAUAAAAUAGGACAAAUGUGUCAUUGUGAAGUUUAAAACUAAAAUAUAAUUCAAGUGGAAAUAAAUUGAAAAUUUUUAUAUCAUCAUCUUUAUUAGAUACUCAACUCGUCGUAUCAAUUUUCCCCCCAGUGUUUACACCCAUAAGGAAAGUGAUGAUUUUAUUUUCAUCACAGAGAUAGUCGAGUAGAAAAUAAACAAAUAAUAAACUUGUCAGUGGAGGAUUGUAUUAGUGAAUCCUGGAGAUCAAGAGACAAAGUACAGAGCGAGGCGCGUAUGAAAGUGCGAAAAGAAGUAAAAUAGCUGACAGAUGUGUUUUGAGAAAUGCUGCGCUGGUGAUAUUGCGCAAUUUUUGGUGUGAAGGAAAGCGCUCUUGGUGAACACAGAAAAAAAAAUCUGGUGCACAUCCAAUUUCAUCCGUGAAACUUCCCGCUGUGGCUGGUGCUGUGAGAUCUUGCAUGGGGGUUGGAAAAAUCCAGCAGUGUAAACUGAUAAAUUGACGAUUGAGAGAGAGAAAUGACUUUGAUUGGAAUUGCUGGUUGAGGCACAAAAAUGACAAAUGAGUGGGUGGAAUGGUUCAGUGACAAUAGAGUAAAGACUACAAUCCGCGGAAGCAGCAAUAAUUUCAUUAGCAGCUAUCAGAAUAAUAAAAUAUCUGGAAUGGGUCUCAAAACACAUACAAUUAUGAAAUCUCUACAAAAACCUAGAGAUGUUCCUACUCAAAUGCCACCGUUGACACCUGGAACGAAUAAAAAACUCUCAGAGGCCCUCAAGGCGUCCUUCUCGUCGUGGGAGAAGGAAGUGCAAAACAGGAACAUCACCAAAGAUCCCCGAUUGUGGACGGAGGAGCAUGUAUUGUAUUGGCUAAAAUGGUCAAUUAAGGAGUUCUCAUUGGAAAAUGUAAAUUUUGAUCCAUUCAUGAGGUUGAAAGGCCGCGACAUGGUUGCUCUGGGCCGCGAGAGGUUUCUCUCAAUAACACCACCCUACACAGGUGAUAUUCUCUGGGAGCACCUGGAGAUUCUACAGAAAGAAUGCGAAAGCUCACUGGAAAGCAAUAUGACCAAUAGCUUUGAUCCUGCUUGCACAGCAGAAUUAUGUGAUUAUUUGGGUAAUAAUCAAAAAUUGAGCGGAAAUCCCGUGUCAAUGGAUUUUUCUCUUGCUAAAGGCUUUAAUGAUUUCACAGCAUCUCAAGAGAGACAUGAUAGUAACACACCGCCAGCAAUGUCUGGAAGUUCGCAGUCAUCGACUUCGGCGCGGCAGGAGUCCAGCGGACCGACGAAUUUGUCCUACAUGCAAAUGACGCUCCAGCGACAGGCGGCUGCCGGUGACGAGGGUGGCGGCGGCGGAUUCUCGCAGAGGCAGCCGCAGCAUCAGCCACCAGCGCAGCAACUCAAAGAGGAGCCCAACACAUGUUCCACCCUCUAUCGCAACAACAUCAACGGACUCCAGGACGACAUAUCGCUGAGGAACUUCAACCUGCUGACCAAUCCAUGCAGUUAUGGUGGUGAGAAUGAGUACAAUUCCCUGGCGCAGGAGGUGGCGUCUGGGCAGCAGCAGUAUCUCGAGCGAAGUCCCGAGUUCUAUGCGGGCAUCAUUGAUCAGAAAUUCAAUUCGCCAUAUCACAAGAGCGGCACCAGCGGCGCCUAUCCGCGCGGCGGUGGCGGCGGCACUAUGAGUGGCGGCGGCGGCCCAUUCCAGGAGCCCCCGUACGACUUUCCCGCCCAGUACGACGCUCCGCCGUAUCAGACAGUUCCUGUGAGCUCAUCCGCGAGUGCAGACCAAUGGACAGGUGGCCAUCAUCCGCACACGGAGCUGCAGCACCAGGCGUACAUGAGCUCCGUGGGCUUCGACAAGACCAUCCUGGGCACGUAUGCCACGCAAAAUGGGGCGCCAUGCUUCACUGGUUCCGGACCCAUUCAGCUUUGGCAGUUCCUAUUGGAGCUCCUCACGGACAAAUCGUGCCAGAGCUUCAUCUCAUGGACUGGAGAUGGAUGGGAGUUUAAGCUCACAGAUCCAGAUGAGGUUGCUCGACGCUGGGGAAUUCGGAAAAAUAAACCAAAAAUGAACUAUGAAAAAUUGAGCAGAGGCCUCCGCUACUACUAUGAUAAAAAUAUUAUACAUAAAACGGCUGGAAAGCGCUACGUGUAUCGAUUUGUGUGUGAUCUUCAGAACUUGUUAGGAUAUUCUCCAGAGGAGUUACAUGCCAUGGUGGAGUUGAAGCCGGAGAAGAAGGAGGACGAGUAAGGCGAGCAAUUUAUCAAUUUAUUACUAUUUGAACAAAAAUAUUUCUUUUUUUUGUAAUUACGUAAAAAUGUGAAAAUGUAUGUGUUGAAUAGCAAUUGAAAAGUGAAUAAUUUAAUUGGAAAGAAGCAAAAGAGAGUUAAUGCUGAGAGAUGCAUAAUAUGGCGUAAGAGUUUUGUCUUUUGAACUAGAUUAUUUACUUUGCCAGACUGGUCGUCGUACAUUAUUUCAAUUUCUAUACAGUAAUUCUUAAUGUUUAAUUUAAAAUGUUGAAGAAAGCAAAAAGGUUUAUAUAAAACAAAUAUUUUAAAUAUUACAAUGAAAUCUAUUUCUUCGACAUUUAGGUUUUUUUCUUUAUUGUAGAAGAAGCGAUUUGUUAGAAUGUUUGAUAAAUCUCUGUAAGAGAGAGAGAGAGAUAGAGAGAGAAAGAGAGAGAGAGAAAGAGGGAAAUAUUCUGUUUCUUCAAAAAUACAGUCUUUUUUUCUCAUUGAAACCACAAAAAAGUGAAGCAGUACAUAAAAGAUAAAAAAAAUAUGUGUAGAAAGAAGCAGAAAGAAGUGAAGUUAAUAUCAAUGUCGCCCACAGAAUAAUCACCAAAUUUUUUUUUUUUCUAUUUUUAUUUUAUAAUAGAAAAGAUAGAUUAUAAUUGUUACAAAGUAAUAAAUUUCAUUUAAUUCUCCAGAGUGAAGAAAAAAGAAUGAGGUUGAUAAGGCAAGAGAGCUGCAAGACCCAAAAUGGUGUUUUCAGCGCUGAUUAGCCGUGCUGUUGUGUGGGUGAAAGAGAGAGAAAGAAGAAAUUUAAGUAUUUAGCGUAACAUUUUUCGCAUCGAUUCCCACUUAAAUAUUCAUCAGGCCAUUUAUUAUGGCCAUUUAAUCUGUUUUCCGGUGAAGUGAUUAGUAGAACUUUAUGUUGUGAUUGAGCCAUUACCAAAAAAAAAAUUAUGGCGCUGGGGAAGACAAGCAGUGAGGAAAUGUUUGUGUAUUUUCCAUCAAUAUCAGAUAUUUAUCUUUUUUCGGCUAUACUUUCUUCACUCCGUGUUCGCCGUUGAUGAUGCUGAAAGGAGGCGGGAAGAUACACGCGAAAACAUAUACACAGGAGAUGGAAUAAGUUUACACAGAGAAGAAAGAGAUAUUCUUCUUUUGAUCUCUAUUGGAUUAUUAUUAUUAAAACAUUUAUUAAAAUCGCCAAAA